UGUUUCUUUGCAGGGAGCCCCCUCCAUCCGCCCCAGCUGCUUGUGGUUAGGAAAGGAAACUGUCAGCCUUAUUGGCUGGUCUCAGGUCUGCAAGGGGAAGGCAGAGGCUGUUAGCACCAACCUGUGACAGCGCAAGACACAUCUCUAUGUCUCGCAGCUGCCCUCCCCGGAAGGAAAGAGUGGCCGGGCGAAUGAAAUUAGUGUGCCGAUUGCCCUGCGAGAGAGGGCAGCGCUGGGACUAGCCAGGAUCUUCCUCCAGGUGGUGCUGCGCUGCCCAGCCUGCGGCUGGUGGCCUCGCCAUGUCAGUGACGGUGAAUCUGACCGGCCCGGCCCCCUGGGGCUUCCGUAUCACAGGAGGAAGGGACUUCAGGAAGCCCAUCAUUGUGUCCAAGGUGACAGAGCACGGGAAGGCAGCUGCAGGGGACCUCCGACCUGGUGACGUCAUCGUCUCUAUCAAUGGCCACAGCACGGCCAACAUGCUCAAUGUGGAGGCGCAGAACAAGAUCAAGCAGAGCUCCGGCCGGCUCCAGCUUCAAGUGGACAGGUCCCAGUUGUUCUCUCCCGGCCAGACCAACGGUGAGAGUUCCCCAGAGAUGUUGGCCAUGCGGUUCCAGGAUGUGGUACGAACCAGGGAUGACAGCCAGGGCUCGGCGAGGUCCUCCUACUCCAGCCCGGCGUCCCUCAGUCCCCGGCCCUGCAGCCCCUUCUCAUCCUCGUCACCCGGGUACCAACCCGGCAGCCCCUAUAGCCCCCAGAGGCCCAGCCUGCCCUCCGAGGGCAGAGUGGAGACGGUGGUGAGCAGCCGCAGCUUCCAGUCGCUGGCCAGUUCUCCCAGUGUCUUUGAGGAUCGCUCCCCCUCACCCCACAGGCACCAGCGUCCAAGCAGCAGACAGGAGCAAGGCAGCUUCUGCCACCCAAGCAGUUCUCCGGUUGCAGCUCUGCCUCUGAUCAACCGCACACCAUCCCCUCUCAGCCCCUGGGAGAUGGGGAGGGCCCCGGGCAGAGCCUCGCCCUCAUACAGCCCUCGCAACAGCCUGGACUCAGAGCCGACCAUGCGGCGCUUGGAGGAGGACUCCGAGGUCUACAAAAUGAUGCAGGAGAACCGUGAGAUCCGGGCCGCUCCGCGGCAAUCCAACACCUUCCGCCUGCUCCAGGUGGCUCUGGAGACUGAUGGGGGAGCGGGCACCACGACCCCCUUUCCCAGCAAGCUGUCCCCCAGCACCCACAAGCCAGUCACCAGCUCCGUGGCUGGGGUCCAGAAGCUGCACACAUGUGAGAAGUGUGGCACCGGCAUCACGACCCAGGCAGUGAGGAUCCAGGAGAGCCGCUACCGCCACCCUUCCUGCUACAUCUGUGCCGACUGUGGCCUCAACCUCAAGAUGCGAGGCCACUUCUGGGUGGGCGAGGAGCUAUACUGCGAGAAGCACGCCCGCCAGCGCUACCAGAGCCCCAGGGAGGGCGCCAUUGCUGCCACGGCCAUCUCCUCCAAGUCCUGAGCUGCCCCCGAGAGCAUGGGGCCUGGAGCUCCCUAGCUCUGCCUGCCCCCCAUCCCCGGGGCUUCUGCCAAGCACAAACGCCACCUCCCAUGCUGGGAGUCUCACUGCUGUGUCCUGCUCUCGGCCUCCCUCGAUUGGCUGCCAGGCCCUUUCUCCCGCUGCUCCCCAGCCCAUCGGCUUCGCUGCUCUUGUUGCCUCCAGCCAAUCAAGAGAGACCGAUGAGGGAGCCUGCCAGGUAUAGGGUAGCGGGUGGGAAUGGGAUAAAGAGUGGCCUUUUGGCCUCUAGGUCACCAGUUCGAAUCCAGAUUCCUCUGCUCAGCCAGUCCCAGCUGGUGGUUGUCCAGCUGCAGAAAUGAGCUUGUUUGGUUCUCAGUCUGUUUUUUAAAAGGAGUCUGGCCUAAGGGAUGCCCAGCUGUGGGAGAUGCUUGCCCUGUCGUCUUCCUGCUCAGUGGGCAGAGAGUUCGGACUCCAGGGUUGCCGGCCCCGUACCUCUCACCAGGGCAUCUCCAAGAUACAGACACAUACUGUAGGAUGGCUGUGUUGCCACAUUCUCACGAUCACUGCCAGGAGCUGUGCAUGUGUCUGGGUGCAGUUGGGAGGGUGGGGGUGGCGCUCACACACUUAGGUACUGGGGGCGUUGCAAGGGGGAAUGGGAUUGGCACAGCUUUGUACACUGACUUUGUAAAGCUUCUCUACGGUAUUAAACCAGAUCUCUAUAUAAAAUAUAAUAUAUAUAUACA